GCAGAAGGUGACCUCUUGCAUUACAGGAAACAGCACCAUGUUGUAUUCCACCUUUGCAAAUGCGACCACUCUUGAAAUGAACCCAGAUACUGAGGGAUUUCUUCCAACAGUUGCAUGUUCGCAGUCGGGUUCUCCAGGUUUCAGCCCAGACAAAUUCGAUAUUCUGAUGGGAGGUCGUGCCAAAUAUGCGUUCCUGCUUAUGACCGUGUGUGGGUUCACCCUGUGCGUGACGACGGUGGACGUCAGAUAUGAUCGAGGGGUAGUCUCGGCAGCAGUAACCGAUCGUCGUCUUUUCGAAGACUCGAACAUGCCUGACUGAGUUCAUCGCGAGUGCAAUCGACUAUCAAGCAGGGAAUAAUCAAGGCUUCCAGACCAAUGUUAUUGGGGACUAUUUAACGGCUUAUAUCGGCAGCAACUCAACGGGUGUCCUCUACCGUCAACUGGAAAGCUAAUGGCGCGGGGUGGUAGAAUUAUAGGAGACGAGCGCAAAGGUAAUCGAGACGAGUAGGAAAACGUAUAAGACGGAGACUUUCUGUGAGGCUUU